UAGCUGAUGGACAUCAACAUCUUCACUGCGAACUUCAACAAUACAGAAUGGCCGCGUGAGACCUGCCUGUGCUAUGAGGUGGAGCUUCCAGAUGGUGACUCCAGGGUCCCGCUGGACCAGGACAAGGGCUUCCUGCAAAACACGGUGACUGACCCACUCUUCAUCUCCCCCCGCGGGGCCAGCCCGCCUAUCAUCUCCCACGCAGAGACGCACUUCCUGGACCUGAUCCGUUCUUGGGAGCUGGACCGGGCGCUGCACUACACGGUCACCUUUUUCAUCUCCUGGAGCCCCUGCACUGACUGUGCUGAGCAACUGGCUGAGUUCCUGAGGGAGAACCCCCACGUGAGCCUGCGCAUCUUUGCUUCCCGCAUCUAUAGCCUCUCAGGCUAUGAGAAGGGACUGCGCACGCUGCAGGCGGCUGGGGCCCAAAUUGCCAUCAUGACCUCCCAGGAGUUCAAGCACUGCUGGGAAACCUUCGUGCAGCACCAGGGGAGACCCUUUCAGCCCUGGAAUGGGCUGGAUAACACCAGUCACGAGCUGUCCCGGGACCUGCAGGGCAUUCUCCAGUAGAGGACUCCUUCCUGCCUGCCUUGCCCCUGCUCUCCUCCCUCCCCUCCUCUCCCUGGAUCUGCCUUUCCCUCUCUCAGAGUCUCCUCUGGGUGAGCUCGUCCCUCCUGGGUCACCAGCUCCAUCCCUCCCUUCCCUUCUCACAAGCUCCCUCUGCUUUCCCACCCCCCUCCUCCUCC